UCAAGGAGGUAAUCUUAUUUCCCAUAAGAUGAUCCACACAGGAGAGAAGCUGUUUAAAUGCCUGGAGUGCGGAAAGAUGUUUACUUAUCGUAGUGGACUUAGAAGCCACAAAAAGAUCCACUCAGGAGAGAAACCAUAUAAAUGUAUGAAGUGUGGAAAGACGUUUACUCAUGGUAGUGUUCUUAAAAGGCACAAAAAUAUACACACAGGAGAGAAACCAUUUAAAUGCAUGGAGUGUGGAAAGACCUUUGCUCAAAAACAUAAUCUUAUUUCCCAUAAGAUGAUCCACAGAGGGGAGAAGCCAUUUAAAUGCAUGGAGUGUGGAAAGACAUUUACUCGUGGCAGUAGCCUUAGAAGCCACAAAAAGAUCCACUCUUAAUUCCCGUACAAGGAGCCACACAGGGGAGGAACCGUU